UUCUUUAUUGAACAGAUUUCAGAUCUUCACCUUAGUAAAUUCAGAGAUCUUGCCCGUGGUCCAGAUCUGCAGCAGUUUUGUGAUGAAUACAUUAUUACUAUUAAUCCUGAGCUUGUACUUGUGACAGGUAAGUUUAUGUUUCUUUACUUCAGUAAUUGUACUACGGCUCUUUAAGAAGGAAUAGGUGUGGUCUACCUUCAAAUUUUGGUGAAAUAGGUGGGGUCUACCUUCAAAUUUUGGGGAAAUAGGUGUGGUCUACCUUCAAAUUUUAGUCUCUUCAAGUAGGAAUUGGUUAGGUCUACCUUCAAAUGUUGGUCUCUUCAAGUAGGAAUUGGUUUGGUCUACCUUCAAAUUUUGGUGAAUCGCACACACUGCUUUUCUGUAUGAGAAGGCUACAAACAAAAAGUCAAGUUUGUGGCGUCAAAUGGAAUUUUAGCUAGACAUGCCUGAUUUGAGAGAAAACUAAACAGUGAUUCCUGAUCAGUAGUGUUCUGUUUAGAUAUAAAUCUUGAACCAGGUCUCACCUGAUGAAGGUAGAGUUAAAGAAAAACAGUGUACGCUUGCUCUACAUGCAUCAAUACUUGAGUAGUCACUCUUUGCUGUGUGCGCAGAUACCAAAAUUGAUUUGGUUUGGUGAGCAGAAGCAUUGAAAUAUUGUAGUGAAAAAUUCACUUCAGAAACUGUUUCUUCUUUGUUUAUUCAGGUGACCUUACAGAUGCUAAGAGACCAGAUGGAAUUGAAUCAAUGCAAAUUCGGGAUGAAUGGAUUCAAUAUGAGCAGAUCAUCAAGCGCUGUAGAUCACUUAAUAAAGCCAAGUGGUUGGAUCUAAGGGGAAAUCAUGGUGAGAGGCUGAAUUUUGCGGCAUGUAAAAAAUUGGGGUUCAGUAACUUUUAAAAACAUUUAUGUUUUUUUUUAAAAAUGUGUUUUCUUUCAAGUCAAUUAAUUAAGUUGACAGUGUUUUUAAUUUUUCCACAGAUUCGUUUAAUGUUCUUAACUUUGAAAGUGAAAACAAUUUUUAUAGGUAAGUAAUGCAAUUUUAACACCCUGCUGUGCUCCAGUUGGUCAUGCCCAUCAAGGAUUUGUCUCAGUCGGGCAACACCCUCUCUGCGUCAUCCACAUAGACUCACAUUAUUUAGGUCUCUUCACCACCUAAAAUUGAGCCCCCCCCCCCCCCCCCCCCCCCCCCCCCCUACCUUGUGAUAUUAGUGUAUUAUUUGCAAAUAGUUUGUUGUCUGUCAUAUUAUAUUUUAUUUUAUACUGAGUCAUGAAGGUUUUUUUUUCUUCAGGUUUCAUUCUGGUAAAAAUGUACAAACAGCAGAUGACCACCACGGUACAUACCUGUACCAACACGAAUUACCCUUCGGCACAUAUUCUUUUAUUGUAAUGGAUGCCUGCAGCAAACCAGGUCUCCAUAGGCCAUUUAAUUUUUUUGGAUACCUUGAUGAUGUAAGUUUUGCUCUUUCUUAUGAGACUUUAACUUAUUCAAUUAAUUUCUUAUCCUAAGUUGUCACAUAAUCAGAGAUUGUAAAAAAAAGAACAUUCUACUUUGUUAUUUAUUCAAAUGUGCAGUCACUCAUUUUGGUUUGGAAAUAACCAUAUAACAAUGAUAAAUAGUCAUUACAGUCUUUAGUUCAGUAGAUGAAAUUCCAAUAGAACAAUGAUAAAUUAAAUCCAUUCAUUAUGUUUAUUAUCAAAUUUAUGAUAAAAUAGUGGUUAAAAAUGUAUUUUAAUUGUUUGAAAAAAAACUUCUCAUGACAGGCACAGAUCCAAUAUAUCAAGACUCUGGCAGCACUCACCAAAUCAAGUAAUCAGACAAUCUGGUUGGGUCACUACCCGACAUCUCUCAUAGUUCAUGACCCUCCAGCUCUACGACAAAUCAUGAGGUUUAAUUAAAAUUACAUCUGCUCUGUCCUUAAGUCUGGGUAAAACAAGUCCAUUAGGAUCCAUCAGUGUUAAGGACAGUGUUCUAAAGUUGAUAUGUCAUUCAAAAUUGUUUGUGUCUUGAUUUUGGGGGGGGAGUAUCUCCCUAAAAAUCAUUUUUUUUUUUGAAGUUUGACAAAGGGCCUCUUAUGGCAGCAAUUGUAAGAAAUCGGCUUUAAAAAUAAAAUGUUUUAAUGAAUUAAUUAUUACCUUAUGUAUUUAAUUUACUGCAUUUUUAAAUGGCAUAUCAUUUUUAACACAUAAUGUCAACAGGAGUCAGGUUUACUGGGCCUAAAUAAAUCUCUAUAUAUUUUGUUUUAACUUGGUAUUAUCUUAGACUUAUUUCAUGUUAUAUUACACAAUAUUAUUAGUGAAUCUUAAAUCAUUGUUUCAACACAAAAAUGACAAUAUGAUGAAAUAUACUGACAUCAAUCGAUUUCUCUAGACAAGAGACACUUAAGAACUCUAUAUGUUUACCAUCUGUUCACAGCAACAGUAUUGCUUACCUGUGUGGCCACCUGCACACAAUGAUGGGUUACGUACCCAAGAUGUACAGCAGACACAAAACAGGGCAGCUGGAGCUGGAACUCGGAGACUGGAAGGAAAACAGAGUGUACGUUCCAUGUCUAUAAGAAUAUAAAUAUUUAUAAACACAUGUAAAUGUUCAAUAAUUUUUGUUUAAUACAUAUUCACCUUAUUCAAAUGAAAUAGCAGUUUACUUAAACAUAUUAAAAGAUUUUCUGUUUUUCAGUUUAUUAAAAGAGGAUCUAACCAACAUGUUGCACGAUAUUAAAAAAGAAAAAUUCACCUUUCUUUCUUUGCUACAUAUUUUUUUUUCUUUUUUUUACCUUUUACAGGUAUCGCCUGUUAGCCAUGGACCAUGACCUUCUGUCUUUCACGGAUGCAAAGCUCGGAGACUGGCCUUUAGCUGUGAUCACAAACCCUAAAAGCAACAUGCUCUAUUCACCUAGGGUGGAACCCUUGCACUUGAUCGAGUCAUCCACUCACAUAAGGUAUGAAAGAUUGUAACACAAAUGUGUUUUAAAAAGCUAAAGGAGUUCAGGGUUUCCGUCACCUUGUUGCUUUCUCCGUCACUUGAUCGCAGAGAGGAGAUCCCAAGUUUUUAGUGAUGUCUAAAUUAUUACAUCACAUUAAAGCACAUUUAGGCUUGGAUAUAAUAUAUAUUAAAUACAAAUUUUAGGAGAAGCUAUGUUAUAAAAAAAAGUGUAAGCUCACUCCAAACAACCUGAGGUGUUGAACAAAAAAGUUAAAUUAAUGAUUAAAACUUCACAUUCUUGGAAGACUUUUUCCCCCCUUAUGACUUAAACUCUGUGUUCCCAGAAUCCUUGCAUUCAGCCCCACUGGAAUCAAGGGUGUUACGGUCAGCAUUGAUGACCGUCCAAGAGAAGAGGCUCUACAAGCCGGGGCUGGACAACCUUUGUAUGUGCUUGGCUGGCAGCCAGAAAAAUAUUCCCAUGGCAUACAUACUAUACGAGUCCAAGUUUUGGUAAAUACUUAAUUGUUUAUCUGUUGUCAGCUAAACUAAGAUUAAAAUGAUAGAGAUGGCUAGAAGGGAUGUAAUUAAGUUAAGACUUUUAAAAAAACACUUUUUUUUGUAUAAUGAAUGGAUUGAAAUCCGCUACUGUAUUUCACGGACUAUAAGAUGCUACAGACUUUAAGACACACCUUAAUUUUUAAGCAAUUUUUUUAAAAAAUAAUAUUUUUUACCAUUUUUAUAUUGAUUUCAAGUAUAAGAGGCACGUGAAUUUUGGAGGCAAUUUUUCGCAGAAAAUAGGGUAUUUUUAAAACAGUGAAUUUAAGAGUUCAUCUUUGAUCCAUUAAAUGUAUGUUACCCAUUGAACUGAGGGCAAUAAAGAGUAAAAUUCCAUGUUAAACAUAGUUUGGUUUUUAAAAAUGUAAGUGUGAUAGGUGUGGUAGAAAUUACAUGAAUUCCGUUCAUAAAUGUUUUCGCUAUGUGUAACACCAUGUCGGGGGGAGGGGGGGUUGGCGGGGGGCAUACUUCAACCAUUGCAGGGUUAAAUUGGUAGCGCAGUGUUUUCGGGAACUACAGACUUGAAUCGGUUAAACAUGUUUCAGCAAAAUUUUGUUGGACUCCUAACGGGUGCAAAUUUAUUUUUUUAAGUAUAAUAGCUGACUAUAAUGCCACUCAGUUUUUUUUGUGGUUUAUUUUGCUUUCCUAGGAUGAAGCUGGAAAAAACGUGACCAUAUCACAGACGUUCUCAGUAGAUGGAACUGAAAAACAGUUUGAGUUCUUGCCACGGCUCAUUCUAAUGUUAAAUAUUUACACAAUGGUAGGAAAAUAUUACUAUAUUCUUUUUGGCCAGGAAAGGUUUAAACUUCUAGUUCUAACCCCACUCUUGUUAUCUAUGUGAGGGCCUACUCAGUCAUGCUUUUUAAUUCGAAAAUUUUAAUGAUAAAGCCAUUUUCCUGACUACUAAUUAAAUUUUCUUUAAAAGGCUUAAUUUUUAACUAGCCAAACAAAUACCUAGAAGUUGACGUCACAGUAUGUCCUAAUAAAAAUAUUAUAUUUUUUAUUUCUGAAACCUCUGAAAUCAAAUGUUUAACUUUUUAGCCGUUUUAAGAUUUGUUACAUAUUUGCUAUUUUUGGCUUUAUUUUUUUGCAGGCUAAGCUAACAUUUGGCAUCUUGGUUUUUCUCUACACCUUUAUACUGACAUCAAUUAGGCAGUCGACAUGCAUUCGCCACUAUUAUUUGAAAGGUCAGUUGCAGUACUUUCAUAGGCGAAUUGAUCAAGUUACACAUGGGCUGUGAGUUAAUUUAAACCUUGGUGGAGUGAUAUAGAAUAAAAAUGAAUGAAACCGUGGCAGACAUUUUGAAAAGGUUUGAUUGUAGUUAACUUAUUAACUACCAGAGGGGACAGCUGACAGUGGUUCAUGAAUUAUGUACUGUGACCCGGAAGCCUCUCACAGCACCAAGUAAUGGGCAGAAAUAAAAAGUAUCAUUAUAUACUUCAAUAUUAGAUUAAAGGAUGAAACAAAAUGUUAUAGUGGACAAUACCUUACGGGUAGACAGCCAUGGUAUUGGUAAACCGUUGCGCACGACCAAUUUUUUGGGGUUUGGUGUGUAGUAUGUGUCACCAAGAGGAGCCGCAUGAACAAAUCAACUAGUUUAUUGUAUACAGGUUCGUAUGUUAUUUCCCUUAUUGUCUUAAAUAAAAGGCUGUUAAUUCUUAAGUUUGCGACAGGCUAGACAUUGGUUCUUGUUGGUUGACAGGGACAAAAUUCCUUUUUUUAAUAUAUAUAUAUAUAUAGGCUACAUUUGAUUUCUGUAUUUUUAUUUUAGGGAAUGACAUUCAAAAUAUGGCUUUCAAUUCAGCUUUGAUGAAAAUCUGGCUUGCAGCCCGAUCCAAUGUAUCUUACUUUAUUUUGAUAGGGUCUGUUCUAUAUUUAACAUUUGGUAAGUGACUAGCAUUUAAUAUUGAAUAAAUAUCCUUUAAAAAUAUUCUAUGUAUUUCAAAAUGGGUGUCAAUAUCCCUUUGAAUAAUGUAUUAACUCAUGUAUAAACAAAUACUUUGCUUUCUUUAAAAAAUAUUUUUAUGUUGUCACUUGACUGUGUUUGUGAUGAUGCGAAUCGUUUGUGUUGUCACUUGACUGUAUUUGUGAUGAUGCCAGUAUUUUAUGCCCUUUUAAACCCUCAUUAUCUUCACUGGUGUACAGGUCCCUGGUUUGUGGCUAACUUAAUAACCAAUGAGUUGGGUGUGGUCUUUGUAUGGGGUAUCAUUAUCCAUGGAUCGUUCAUACCCGGAGGCCUCACUUUUUUCUAUGGGAUCUUCCAGGUACAAUCUAUAAAAAUAUUCAUGAAUUGAUAAUAGUUUAACUAUAGUAAAACGAUGUAAUGUGGCCAGUCAAGCAAGUGUAGUAUUUCUUCACAACUUAAAGUUUAUGUAAAACAUACCAAUGAAAUGUUAACUUGUCUCUGCCUGCAAAGUAAGAAAAUGGAACACACUGUAUGAUACUCUUGUAGUUAGGCUUUAUAUGAACUGUGACCUGUCAGAAAUGUUUGAUUUUUUUUUUAUUACCAUUCGGACAGUUUAUCACCUUCACCGUUCCACUGACCGUACUGUUGGGUCAUCUUCUGGACAUGAGGCGCAUGAACGGGUCAAGGUCCUCGGUUUUUAAGCACCCAACAGUCCUGCUCCCGUCACUUGUCCUGUUCGCUUUCACGGCCCACCUGGCGCUGACAGAAUUCCCUAAUGCCUACGGCGUAGAGGCUCUUAUAUACGGGCCACUGAGGACUGGUAAUGUUAUACUAUUGCCGGCUGCCUUGUGGCUGGCCAGCAGGGCAGACCUAAGGAAGAUACUUGCUGUCAAUGAACCGGCUUGAUGGUGGCCUACACCAAAGCUAAACAACAGGUUAAUUUUGUAAUACUGACGUAUUUUAAAAUUAUUAUUUUUUUAUUGAACCAUAUAAUCAUUGUCUUGUAAAAAUGUUUUUUAUGAUGAAAAGUUGUUGAAAUGUG